CCAAGUUCCACUUUCUCCGAUUGCUUACACAUAUGUCCUCUAAAUUGACCUGUCUUUAGCUUACACUUACCUGUUUAUAUAUGUCAAUACUUUACUUUCUUAUGUGACAUCUGAUUUUUAACUUGCUAUUAGCGAUUGGAUACAUCUUAUUCUCUUUCCUUUAACUAUGCUUCAAGCAUAGUAUAUAACUGGAUAUUUCUCAUUUUCUUCCUAAUUCAUUCCUGAAAUAAUUUCAUUUUACUUGUUUUGCUGGCCAAGCUCCAUUUAUCAAUGCAACUUGAAGAAUUACUAUCAGGAUCUCUAAGUACCGGAUCGCGUUGUGGUGUUACACUCUGGUAUCCUUAUGAAAGUUCUAAUCAAUCAUGAUAUCUGAAUUCAGUCUCCUGAAACCAGAAAUCAAAUUCUUUUGAAGUUCUUUGACCAUCCACAUGGUUGAAUUUAAAAACCUGAUGGAUUUGUUUUACGGCAAACACUGUCUUAUUCGUUUUCCAUUAUUGUUGGAAUUCAAACUCAGGUAGAUAUGGUGGCAUAUGGUGGUAGUCGGAUUAGUGUUGUAGCUUCAUGAAGGUUGUGAUUGGUAAUUGUGAAUGGGGUGACAACAGUGGUGACGUGGAAAAAGAUGCUGUUCAACUUCAGCUGGAAUGUCUUGGUGAUGAGCAUGUUGGUUACCGUCGGAUGGAUCUCCCUAUGCUAAAACUCAGUAUUGUUGGUGGACGACCUUUUUCUUGUGGUGGUAGACCCUUGUUUCGGAAACAGCUUCUCAAAGCAAGGUAUGGAGUCCAUGAUAUGGAUAGGAGCGCCGAGAGAAUCUUACAAGCUGCCAUGGGCACUCCAGAGGACCAUUCACUUAUAUUCCUUGCACAUAAUGGCCCCACAGGGCUAGGUGCUAAAAUAGAUGACAUCUGCGGAAGAGACUGGUUUGUUGGAGGUGGCGACCAUGGUGAUCCAGAUCUAGCGCAGGCCUUGGCCCAAUUAAAAGAGGCUGCUCCAUAUUCGGUCCCCUUGGUCAUUUUCGGUCACAUGCAUAAACAACUUGCUUUAGGAAAUGGCUAUCGUAAAAUGAUAGUGGUUGGAAAUGAUAGUACCAUAUACUUGAAUGGAGCUAUUGUUCCCCGGGUCAGACCCCCAGCUUUGACAGCUGAAUCCGAAGGCACAUCGCGAGCCUUCACCAUCGCAGAAAUUUCAAAUGGAAGAGUGGAGAAGAUAGCAGAAACUUGGAUUUCUGUCAUCGGAGACAAAACAAGAUUAGAGGAGGAACAUAUACUGUUUAAUAGUCCAAGCAGAGGUUCUGUCACUGCCUCUCUUUUGUAGAUGAACAACACAAUGUGAAUGUGUAUACGAAUGAAUUUGUACAUGAUCGUCAUUUUGUUUGGCGUGUGUAUAAUGCAAACUUGAUCCCGGCCCCCAUGUGCAGCCCAGAAUACCAAUCUGCUUGCUUCUCUGGAAAGGAAAGAUUCAUAUGAUCAUUUGUUAUUCAAGAGUCACUUUAUAUGUACUGUCUUCAAGAUUACAUUAUGUGCCAUGAUAAACACAAUAUCAAGUUGCGCGCUUCUGUCAUAACGAACUCUGUAGCUGGAGGAGAGGGAGACAUUUACACACUACCCUCGACGAAGAGCAUUGGGUUGUUGCAGGUCAGGUUUUAUUUUAAAUUUUGUUAAGUCUAUAUGAACUGUUUAUAAUGCUACAUCAGCUUUUGGUAGCCACUAGCCAGAACUUGGACAAAUCCGGCCAAGGGACUCUUAGUGUGAUAUGGGUAUAGAAAAGUGACUUUUCUGUUGUAAAAUAAAAAUGACUUUACCAUAUAAUUUUCAAUAGUUGAGUGUCCGUUUGAGCAA